AAUACGGGAAGAUAAGGAGUCCGCAGCCCGCAGCAGUUUUGAAUGUGGCGCUGCUGCUGCUGCUGCUGUCGAUGCAGAUGCAGUCUUCGUCGUUCUUGUUGUCGCUGCGAGCGAGCGAGCGAGGCGCGGGCCAAUGGCUCGAUGGAGUGAGUUAGUGUGUGCGUGCAGGCGGGCCAUGAGGAACCUAAACCCAAGCUCUGCUGCUGGCGUCGGAUGCAGCGCAGGUCGUUGAGACGGAGAACGGAAAGUGCUUCAUCUUCUUGUUGCGAGUUUCUUCGGGCCGACGUAGGGAAGGUGCGCGCGCUGCUGCCGAGUGUGAUGACGAUGGAGGACUGAGGGAGCGCUGGGCUGACUGACAUCGGUCGAUCGCGCGGGGGCGGCAUCGCGCGCGGAUCCAAUGUGAUUCGAUCAGUUUGUGUGGUUUCGGUAAAGUGAGAAAGCAAAGCACCGGGAGCGGGAUUUUUAGGCCUCACUCGGGAGGGUUUGGACGCGGUGGCGAGAUGGACGAUGGAGGGCCGUUUGGGGUUGUUUCGGACAGGGAUAGGGAGGAGAGCGUAGGGGAUUACAGGUCCUCGGUGGAAGCCGCGAUGGAGAUUAACAUGGAGGAAGCGUUUGCAGAGUUGCAGCAGAAAGAGAGGGACCGGGAGGUGAGGCACCGAAUGCUGAACCUCCAUCACCAUCACCACCACCAUCAUCACCCUCACGGGGUGGAGCUCGCGAUCGAUUUGAGGCAUGUUGUGCAGAGAGAUAGCGAGAGUGACAAUCUUGGAUUCGAGUCGACGAUAGAGGUGAGUGGAGACGGAGAUCUUGGCCAUCAUCAUAGAGGAAUAGUGGUAGAGAGAGGCAACUUUUCGCUCUUAGAAGGCAGUGGAGAUGCUGAGCUAGGUUUUCAUGGUGAAAGGGAGGACGAGAGUGUGAGGAAGCUGGGAGAUGAUAUGGAGGACACAGGUGAUGCAGGGACAGCGCUGAUGAUGCAUAGAGUUGGGGAUGUGAUCACCGAGAGUGAGCGCGAAAGGGAGCAUGAGCGCAUGGAGAGGCAAGCCGUGUUCGGAGCGCUGGCUGCAGCUGCCGUUGCCGUCAAUGUGGCGCUGCAAUCCAUUUCAGGGGCCGGUUGCAUCGCACUAAAUACAACGGAGGAUUCGAGUCUGGAGCAUCGGAGGUUCAGGAAAAGGAAAAGGAAGAAUGAAGAAGACACCGACUUCAUUCCGGCCGUUCUGAGCACAUUUGCCGAUGCAGAGGUUAUGGCUUCUCUGUCUGUCACGGAAUCGUCAUCCAAGAAAGACGCCUUUGUAUUUGACGACAUUGACUGGUUUUUGAAACCGAGAUCGAGACGAUGGUGGAGAAAGCUCUUUAGAGUUUCCAAGCCUACAUUCGAUUAUAUUUGCCAGUUGGUUAAACCUGACGUUGAGUCAGAAACACCUGCCUCUUUCCAGGGUAUCGAAGGCAGAGUAAUUACUGUCGAAAAGCAAGUGGCCAUAGCUCUGCGAAGGCUCGCAUCUGGCGACUCUUUGACCACUUUGGGAGAGCUUUUCGGGGUUGGAGAGUCCACGGUUUCCAAAGUGAUUUGGAAAUUCGUGAAUUCCAUGGAGAAGAGGGCAAGGCAUCACAUGAAAUGGCCUGAAGGCGCAGACAUGGACAGAGUGAAAGCGGGCUUUGAGGUCGAUCACGGUCUCCCAAAUUGUUGCGGCGUUAUAGACGUCACUCACAUUCUUAUGGAGCUUCCAGGCACAGAGUCCUCCGCAGAUUGGUUUGAUAAGGAGCAAAAUUACAGUAUGUUGAUGCAAGUUGUUGUUGACAUGGACAUGCGGAUCAGGGAUCUCUUCACAGGCUGGCCUGGAAGUAUUACGGACUCUAGGCUACUGCGUAACUCUGGCUUCUUAUCCCUUUGUGAGAGUGGGGAGAGGCUCAACGGUGCACCUAGGAUAGUGCAGGGGCUUCAGGUCAGAGAGUACAUUAUUGGUGACUCCGGCUACCCUCUGCUGCCAUGGCUUAUUAACCCGUACACCUCGACGGGGUUGGCCCCCACCAGAGAUGUGUUCAAUUCGAAGCACGCGUCUACGAAGACAGUAGUAGAAGACGCUUUGGGUCGCUUGAAGGGAGCAUGGAAAAUCUUACACAAAGUUCUAUGGCGUCCAGAUAUCAGAAAGUUGCCGAGUAUCAUACUCGUGUGUUGUCUGUUGCACAAUAUCAUGAUCGAAGCUAAUGAAGAAAUUGAGGAUGGAGUGGCCUUGGUCGGCCACCACGAUGAGGGAUACAGGCAGCAAUGGUGCCUUUCUUCAGAAGCUGAAGGACAACUUGUUAGGGAGGCCUUGGCAGAGCAUGUGUUUAUGAACGAACAUCACUAAAAGCCGUCUCAACUCUUUGAAGAAUUUUCCAGCUCCGGACAUUCGUGCAUCACAGUGGGAUGUAUGGCAGGCUCGCUCCUGUCCUUUAGAACUCAUCAAACUCGGAUGAUUGACGAUUGUACAAAGUGGGCGACCAGUGUCCCUCCUUUCCAUUAUAUUCUAGGCCGAGGAUCGCACCAUAUGAUUAUUUAGUUCCCUGUGUAAAAUAGAUGCACCAGUGUCGGAAGAUGUAACUUAUUUCAUAGAGGCAAGGCAUUAUUAACGGCUUGCCAUUUUUGUGGUCCAUCCCCUAGUAGCGAUCAGUUGUCCCUCCCUGAUGUCCAGUAUUUUAUAAAACACGAGGGUGGGGAAAGCACAUGUAUAGUCAGGCUCUUGCAACUGUCUUGUGGCCCCUUUAUUGUACGAGAAUUUGGGGCAGAAUAGUAAACACACUUGGUUCUUUCGCAAUCUUGCCAACGUCAGCUCGCUAUCUUUUUUCUCACAUGUUCCAACAGACCCCAUUGGGUGAGAUUGGCUUUGUUUUAUCAAUGUGUGUAACAUGGAAGUCUCUGAGGACAGCCAUCACACACGUUUAGCAUACAGAGGUGGGUUGUAGUAGAAGAGGAAACAAAGUUGAAGCAUUGUUACUUAUUCAGGCCAGUGACGACGAAGGUUAUCAGAGUUCUCAUGAUAUGAACUUCUGUAGAUUGUGGGCAGAGCAUUCUCACGGAUGCGGGUUACAUUCGUCAUAGGCUGUCUCGUGGCACAUCGACCGUUGUGAAAAAGUGUAAAAGCAAACCAAGGCAAAGUUUUAUUAAAGAGUAAAUGCCAGAGUGGCUUCUUGUACUCUUUG